CUUUUCAAUGCCUGUGCGUCCGGAGGGAGGGGUUCCGUAGCAGCGGUUGGAAGCAUUGAAACUCGGCUCCCCUAUGCCUUGGUACAUUAAUGCUUUCAUCAAGAUAGCAUCCAGAAAGAAGAGAAUUCAAGGUUAAAACUCGGAGGCUUCAGACAGUCAGUUUGGGUGUGGAAGGAUCGCAGCGAUGGCAGCCAAUAAGAGUAAGAACCAGAGCUCGCUGGCCUUGCACAAAGUCAUCAUGGUGGGCAGUGGGGGCGUGGGAAAAUCCGCCCUCACCCUGCAGUUCAUGUAUGACGAGUUUGUGGAGGACUAUGAGCCGACCAAGGCGGACAGCUACAGGAAGAAGGUGGUUCUGGACGGGGACGAGGUCCAGAUCGACAUCCUGGACACGGCCGGGCAGGAGGACUACGCUGCAAUCCGGGACAACUACUUCCGCUCCGGAGAGGGUUUCCUGCUGGUGUUCUCCAUCACUGAGCAUGAGUCCUUCACUGCCACUGCAGAGUUCAGAGAACAGAUCCUGCGCGUGAAGGCAGAGGAGGAUAAGAUCCCGCUGCUGUUGGUGGGCAACAAGUCUGACCUGGAGGAGCGCAGGCAGGUGAUGGUGGAUGAAGCCCGGGGCAAGGCGGAUGAGUGGGGGGUGCAGUACGUGGAGACCUCCGCCAAAACGCGCGCAAACGUGGACAAGGUGUUUUUUGACCUGAUGCGUGAAGUGCGAGCAAAGAAGGUGUCAGAAAACAAAGACAAAAACGGAAAGAAGAGCGGCAAGGGGAAGAAGAGCUUCAAAGAGCGCUGCUGUUUACUCUGAUCCCAGCACAAACCAACCGCAACCACCAGUCGGAAAACAAAACAAUCCCCUUUUUACCAAAUUUGGCCAUGGUGGGUUCAUUCUUCAGAACCAUUCUCCCCGAAACCCCUUUUUCUUUUUUUACAUUACAAAUUGUAAUCAAAUCCACAAAUCCCCCCAGCACACACACACACACACACACACACAGAGCUCACCACUGGACGGCUGCUUCAAUCCAGUAAGUGAGGCAUCAUGGGACUUUUUCUUUGUAAAUUUCAGCUGCCGAAUUGUUUCCAACACUAACCUUUUAUUUCCUCUUUGUAAUGUAGCUUUCCCGUUUGUAUUUUUAAAGCUGUAAGUGCGUUGGCGGGGGGACCUGUGUUUAUGCUGAUUAUUGUGCGCGCACACAUUUUAGACAUGGCAACCCGGAAGGGUUGUUGUCCUACCUGUACAAAGCACAUGUCAUUUUUCUAUUGGGCGGUCCGUAACCGGGGCUAUGCUUAGCUGCGACUUCAUUGGCCUGUUCUGGAGAUGAAAACCAGGUCCAGGUGGAAACAAUGUUCUGCACCUGGUCUGUUUUCCCUCGGUCUCUUCUGUUGGGCUGGAUGAGAACCAUACAAUGCAAACGCUGUACUAUUGCAAAGCUCAUGCUAGCUGUUAACUGCAUAACCACACUGCUCCAGCGGUGCUCGCUAUCCACACCGUUAGUGGAAGUUGAAGCGGCUAACAUUCAUUCACUUAUCUUACUGUGGCCAAGUGGAGAUGGUUUAAAUGCUAGCAGUGCAUGCUAGACAGAAUCGAGCCUUUUACUGAUUUCAGUGUUACGCAAUUGCCAUUGCGAACUCUAACGAUGAGACUAUUUUUCGGAUUCAAACAGGCAGCUCAAAUUUAGCUGGUGAAAGAGUUGGACAGAGGGAAAAUACUGUUGAAAACCUGAGAACAGAGUCAAAGCCCUGGUUCUGGUUCCUGUUGUGCUGUAGGGCCUAAUGGGGCCCUAUCCUAUCGAUCUCUGAGGUAAAAAAAAAUGCAGUGCCCCAGCUGCCUACAGAAGGGAUUUGACCGAUGGAUCCUACUCAGGAACACAGACCAUGGAAUAGAGUGUAUGGGGUUCCACCAGUUUGGUUAGACCAUGGGUGUCAGAAUCCAGUCCUAAAAGGUCACAAUAUCCAGUUUUCCAUGGAGGAGAGUAAAGGUUAUCCCUUUGGACUGGUGGUCCAGAAACAGCCAGAACAGUUAGCUCAUAAGAGUCCUGGAACCCAUUGUUAUUACUCUGACCCUUACACACUGGAGAGUCAUGCCCCCUUGUGCAUAUACACAGCACUGCAGUUUCAGCUUUGGUCCAAAUCCCGCCCCCUCACAAUUACAGUGUAGCCCAGGGCAGGGCUGUUCUAUUCCUGGAAGGGUAUUGCAUUUGAAGGUUCUUUACUUCCAUCAGUUAUUCAGGCUCAAUUAGCUAAUUAACUCAGAGUGCCAACGGCGUAUCAUUCAUAGAGCAAUCGACACAAGGACCAUUACGAGCUGUGACUCAUGGGCUUUGAAUGUUGAAUGUUGCUAAAAUUAGGUAUCAGAUAUUUGAUAAAGAACAUAAAAAAAGUUGGAACGGAAGCCUGACCUAACACAACCCCCCCUCGCCCCACCUCACCAUAGGUAGCUGACCUUCCUUCCUGGGUUUCUCUCCCAUCUGCAGAAAAGGAUUUCACUUGUGUGGUAGAUAAAGAACAUAGGAUACGAGUGCACUACAUUGCCAAUAUGGUCCAACAGAUUGUUGAAUAAUCCACUAUAACCCUGUGUGUACUGGGAAAAUUGCCUUGUAGGUUAUGGUGCCAAACUAAGGGUGACAUUGUUCCCCGCAUCCCCCCCUUACCCCUUUUUCUUGUCACUUUGUAUAAUUUUUUUCCUUUCGAUUGCCUAUGAAAUAUAACAGAUUUGCAGUUUUAUUCUCCCGAUUCCAGUCUGUGGAGCAGUUUUAUGGGAGUGUAGGUGGUGUUUUUCACCCUUGUCUUGACCACUCUACUCUUAAAAGGGAUGUCCUGUCCAGACCUUUUCAAGCCCAAUCGCCGUUUGUAUGAAUAAUUCUUCAGUUCACUCGCUGUUUUUUGUAACAUAACGUCAGAAUAUGUUGCCAAAUAAACGCUUCUUCUUUGUAAA